AUGUCUUACGGCGCCUAUCCUCACUAUGCCAACCCUCCCCCGCCACCGCCACCGUUUUACCCUCCUCCACCCGUCGUCGACCCAUUCAGAGCGUAUUAUGCAGAUCGACUGAGAGAGCUCACAUUCAACUCUCGACCUAUAAUCCAGGAUUUAUCUAUGCUCGCUUCCGCCCAAAGGGAUGCUGGUGAUUGGACAAAGAUGCAAGCGGUGGUGGAAGAGAUAGAAAAUGCCGUCUUACGUGCACCACCUCAAGGGAAAUUACCCUUGCUAUAUCUUCUAGAUUCGAUAUCAAAGAAUUGUGGAGCACCAUAUACAACCGAUUUGUUACCUCCUAUCAUACCCCGACUUUACAUGCGUACGUAUCGAGAGGUAGAUGGUGUGACGAAGAAUAAAAUGGAAGAGAUGGUGACUUUGUGGAGAUCUUCAGGACCGGGAAGAACGGAUUUGUAUGGACUUGCUGUUCGAGAUGCCGUCGAAAGGGAUAUUUUCGGAUCAGCAGGAUGGCAACCACCUUCAAGACAAUAUCCCACGCAACAUGCGGUCCAACAACUUUUGGCGCAAACGAUGGAAGCACCGCCACCCCCCACCACACCACCUCGACCACCCAUUCCGCCACCAAUAGCACAACCAGUCAAUACUUGGACACCUCCUGCUCCCAUACAACCCGCUCCAGGUAUUCACACACCUCUACCACCUUUCGCGCCUACCCUACUUCCUCCCAAUCCAGCGUAUCCCCCUCGACCACAAUCGUCUUUUGUUCCCGAACCUCGCUCCUCGACCCCGAUGAUCGCGCCCGCCCCUCUUCCCGCCACCACACCCAGUAUACCUAAUUUUACCAUGCCGCUAGACGUUGCCAACAUUCUCAAAAACCUCAACACUGCCGCUCUUCUCAGUAAACCUCAAACUCCGCUUUUAGAGGUCAAACCUCGAAAUGUGUUGGACGAGUAUGAAGAUCUUAUAUUAUCGAUGAAAGAUGUCAAUUUGCAAAAUCUCGAUUUGACCGUAUCCCUCCCUGACCGUGAAAUACCCCUUGAUCAUCUGCCAGAACGAUGCAAACAAUGUGGCCUCCGUUUCCCAGGAAUAGGUACACAAAUGCAGGAACAUCUCGAUUGGCAUUUCCGUCGAAACCGAAAAGAACGCGAGACGGAGGGAAGGGGUGCUCAUCGACGUUGGUUGCCAAGAGCUGAAGAAUGGGUAUCAGAUCUAAUGACCAACAAUGCUGUCGCUUCUGGCUCGGGUCAAAAGGGCAAGGGGAAGUUGACAGCGGAGAAAAUGGCACAGUUGAAGAAAAGAUGGGUUGCAGUACCGAGUGAUCCGGCACUGGCCGCGAAACCCUGUCCAAUAUGCAAAGAGACUUUUAAAGGCGAAUGGAGUGAAGAAGAGGAAGAAUGGGUUUUUAAGAAUGCACUGAAUGUUAAUGGUAAUAUUUAUCACGCUACAUGCCGAGCCGAACAAAUGUCAGCUGUAGUGGCUGCUCGUUUGAUGGACGGUGGUCGUAGAACAGGAAGUAAAAGUCCUCGA